UGGCCUAUGAUUUGUAAUCAUGUGAUCGAUCACUUGCCGACUUCGGAUCCGUCAUUAGCAUAGAGGUUACCUUGAUUCAUCUAAUAAUUUUGGCAAAAUGAUGCCCGAAAUGAGUUUCAACAUUGACCAUGGAUAUUUGGAGGGGUUGGUCCGUGGAUUUAAGUGUGGAAUUCUCAAGCAAACUGACUACUUGAACCUCGUACAGUGUGAAACUCUGGAAGAUUUGAAACUUCAUUUACAGAGUACAGAUUAUGGAAGUUUUUUGGCGAAUGAACCAAGUCCUCUAUCUGUAUCAGUCAUUGAUGAUAAGAUGAGAGAAAAAUUAGUUGUAGAAUUCCAGCAUCUUCGAAACCACUGUCUUGAACCACUUGCAACAUUCCUCGACUACAUAACAUAUAGUUAUAUGAUUGAUAAUAUCAUUCUUCUAAUCACUGGUACACUUCAUCAGCGUCCAAUCAAUGAGCUUAUCUCAAAAUGUCAUCCAUUGGGAAGUUUUGAACAGAUGGAAGCCAUCCAUAUUGCUUCCACGCCAGCCGAGCUGUAUAAUGCUGUACUUGUCGACACACCAUUAGCUCCAUACUUCAUUGAUUGUAUAUCUGAACAAGAUUUGGAUGAAAUGAAUAUAGAAAUCAUUAGAAACACAUUGUACAAGGCAUAUCUGGAAGAUUUUUUUAAUUUCUGUAAGAACCUAGGAGGGGCCACAGCUGAAGUUAUGUGUGAAGCCCUCGCUUUUGAAGCGGACAGAAGAGCUUUUAUAAUCACCAUCAACUCUUUUGGAACGGAGUUAAGUAAAGAAGAUCGUGAGAAAUUAUAUCCAUGUUGUGGUAAUCUUUAUCCUGAUGGUUUAUCAAAAUUAGCUCAAGCUGAAGAUUACGAUCAAGUUCGACAAGUUGCCGAAUAUUACGCCUCGUAUAAAGAAUUGUUUGAAGGAGCUGGAACAAAUCCUGGGGAUAAAACACUGGAAGAUAAAUUCUUUGAACAUGAGGUGAAAUUAAUGAAACAUUCCUUCAUGCAUCAGUUUCAAUUCGGAGUAUUUUAUUCUUACGUAAAGUUGAAGGAACAGGAAUGUCGUAAUAUCAUUUGGAUUGGAGAAUGUGUAGCGCAGAGACAUCGAGCCAAAAUAGAUAGUUAUAUUCCUAUAUUUUAGAUAUAUAUGUAGAACUGUGAUAGAAUCCAGGGCUCUUUUUGCCGUGGGAAGAUUUACCCAAUACUGAUUAAAUACUACCCAAAACUAACUAAAUACUACCCAAUACCACUGAAUACUACCUAAUAGCAAUACCACCAAGUACCACCCAAUACUAUUAAGUUAGUUUUUCACAAUAUUGAGCUAGUAUGUGGUACUAUUAGGUGGUAGUUAGUUAGUAUUGGGUGGUAUUUGGUAGUAUUGGGUAAAUUGUUUCGCCCCUCUUUUUGUGCCAUUUUUGCCAGUAUUUUUAUAUGCAGAUGUUAUUGAAAAUGUCUGGUUUAAAAUUUGCCUGUCUGUCAAUUUGUAGUCCAUUGGGUAAAUUAGUCUUCAUGUAACUGUCAGAGACAAAAUACAUCAGUUUCCUUCCACUGAAUAAUACCCCUGCAUGCAAGUCAUGUUAGUCACAGGGUUGGAUGGCCGAAUGGUUAGCGCAUGCGUUUUGCAAUCAUAAGGUCUGUCAUUGAGUCAACUGGCGUGCUUCGAUUCCCUGGUUGUACGUGACAUGGUGUGGCAUCCCUCCGCUUGUACAUGGGUUUUCUCCGGGUCCUCGGGGGAGGUUUCCUGCUAUUGCUAAAGACCCCUACGCACAAGCAAAUUAUUGAAUGAAAUUGAACCAUAUGUUAGUCCAGUCCCGAAAUGACCUAACCUGUUUCGAGUGGACGUUAAACCCCAUUUCUCUCUCAUAUGUGAGUCCCAAAACUAUCCAGUUACCUCAUUUCUCUCUAUCCCACUUAACAUGUACGACUGGUAAAUAAGAGCCCUUGAUUGUAUAAAUUACACUGUCGUUGAUCAAAAUAUGUUUUAUAUGUAAUUCUUGUCUGUAUAUAAGAUAUAUAGUUGUUAUUAUUAACUUUAUACAAAAACAAAAAAACAAUUUAAUUCCAAGUCCAGAAAUGUCCGAGAACUACUGAACUGACUGAUAUAUGACAUUUUUUAACUUUGUGUCGGACAUAAAACAAACACAGAUGAAAGAUAAAUCUGUCCUGAACAAAAUCAGGCACUUAUGGAUUGUGUCUGGCAACGCCUGAAAUUAUGUCAGACAUUGUUGGUGACAGGUGCAAGUGGGAUUGUGCAUGGAUUUCUGCCUGACAAUGCCUGUUACUACUUGUUCUUUAUUUCCAGACUUACAAGUAUUAUAAUAUUUCCUAUUCUAUAUUUUGCAAUCUGAUUAAAACACAGAUCCAAUUUCGUUUCGAUUUUUAUAAUUCAAAAUUUCGUUUUACUUGUCUUUACUACACUAGGAUCUGGAAGAGUUGUUAUCAUUGACAUGUUCUGGAUGAUGUGAGGGAUUAGCCAAUGAAACAGUCUGUUACAGUGAGUUAUUGGUCAGAUCUUCAUGUAGUAGAGGCCAUCGAAAGUAUAAAAAAAACCCACGAAAUAUAGAUCAGUAAUUUAAUCAGAUUCUCUAUUUUGUUAAGUUCCUGACUCUAAACUCCAUUCCUAAUUUUGUUCAUUUUAUCUUAUGCUAUUUGAUGUGGAUUUUUUAAAAUAACAGAUUUUGUUAAUCUUUAAAUCUUGUCGCAAUAUACUUAUGUCUUGUCUCGUCUUGACAAAAAAAAAAUUACCCAGAAAUACCAGAAUUUGUUUGUCAUCAUAUUAUACACCACCUUGAAGACAGUUUAGGGUUAGGAAUAUUCUCAUAGACUAAUCCUCGAGCAGCAAAGCACACUUUUUGACGGAGUACAGAAAUAAAUAUAGAUGGCUAGGAUUUUGGUUUUAAUGUACAGAUUCUUUGUGUCGUGGUUAAAUCGUAGUAUUUUAUUGGAAACAUUAAGAAGCGUUUUUUUUUUUAUCUCAUCGAAGGCUGUGAAACAUGAUUGUAUAUAUUACAACAUUUACGUAACAUAUUAUAAUCCCUGUAUAGAAUUUUGUAUUAAUUUUUUUGUUUUAAGGGCCGCAUUUGGUGGACUACGCGAAACCGUUAUGAAAGAUGUAUUUCCAUGAUAGUUUCGACAGUUGAAAAAAAUAUCUUUCCAGCAAUUUCUUCAAAUUUUAAUGUAGCUGCCAUUGCAUACAGGAAUUAAACCACUUUUUGGACUAAUUUUUCGUUUAGAGAAUCUACUUUCACCAUUUUAAAUGCGGCCCUAUUCACUACAGCACAUACAUACAUAGACAGAAAUCCACACGAUGUUGUUUUGUUUUUGUUUUUCUAAAUAUCCUAAUUUGUUUUAGUAUUUCACAAGAAAUGUUUUCUGGAUGUUUGGGUAAAUUAUUUAUAACACCACAAAGUAAUUAUGUUAUCUAUAUAUUAAAUAGUUUUUUAUCUUUGAAUUUUAAAGAUAUUUAAUUUAUAUUAAUAGAAAGUAUAUGUAAAUUUAUGUAUAAUAAGAGGGAGGAUGAUGGAAUGGCUAUCUUUCCUAAUGUUUAUAGUAGGAGGAUAAUAGAACAGCCAAGUAAUUGAUAAUCUCCAUAUAUAGAUAUAGACCUUUCAGUAUGUGCUAUGCUUUAACUAUCUAGUUAUAAUAUCUAGUCACGCCUAUAAAGCCUGGGAUUUCUUGAUAUUAGAACAGUGUAACCAUGGCGAUUUAUAAAUAUAGAUAUAUAUAUGAUCAUUAUAGCCUAGCUGAUUAGCUAAAGUCCUAAUUAAAAUAAAUAACUUGUUGUGAAAUUAAGGAUUCUGAAAUGCGCUGUUAAAUUCAUUUUAUAGACCUAUGGUCUAGCCACUGACAUUAUCUUGUUAAAUUAAAGCAACCCUUGGGUAAUGUGCAAAAUAGGGAAUAUUAGGGACUUCUGCUCCAUAUUUUUUCCUUGGGUAAAAUGAUAUAGGUGGUGGGUGUUUGUACAGAGAAAGAGGGAAUAUGAAUGAUGAAAAGUAGGUGUGGGAGAUGUGUGGUAGUUGAAAGGACAAAUUUGAGACUGUUUCCCUUUAACAGAAUAUUUUCUGCAUUAAAAAGGACAUUGGAUUCCCCUGAGAGUUUGCAGGCAUAAAUCGUAUGUAACCAUUUCUCAUAUAUCCGUCUGUCAAACCUCUGCAUCUGCCCCAUACUAAACUUAGGCUGCCUGUUAGCUCCGCUUGAGGACAGACACUAAACUAGUUGACCGACAUUUUAAGUCCUAAAUCGACGAUUUUAGUCGAAAUCAUUAAGUAAACUUCGGGAAUUUUUAGAAGUAUUUAUUCUGCUUCCAUUUAAUGGAAUUCAAUAGGUUUAUUUAGUCUUUGUGUGUGUGCCAGGUGUGAAACGGAGUAGAAGCGCAGUAGAAAACACUAUACUUAUUUUUGGAUAUGGCGGCCAUUUAGGACAGAUAUAUUCUCGAAGUAUGUAGAUGGAUCUCUGUGUGCAGAAUGCAUCAGCCCCAGACCCAGGGCCCUUAUUCACGAAAACUUAAACUAAGUUACAACCAAAAUUUUAAGAAAUACUGCAACUUCAUUGGAUAUAUGCAAAUUGAUUUUACUGGUCAGCCAAUCGAAUUGCAGUAUUUCUUAAAAUUUCGAUUGUAUCUUAGUUUAAGUUUUCGUGAAUAACGGCCCUGGUCUUUUAGCAGUCACUAUCCUAAUUUUAAUAAUGAAUGUGCCCUAAUAUAAUCUGUUUUGUGUUUGGUGUAAGAUUUGUUUGGAUUAAAGCUCAAUGUAUGAUUAUGAAUAUCUAGAUCUGUUAUAUGAUAUACUGUAUGUUUGUAUAUUCGGUUAAAUUGGAUCAACUAUAAUGUAUGUAUAUAAUGAAAAUCAAUAAAAUAUAAUGAAAGCAGUUUAAA